AUGGAUCCCCCUCCCAUACACACAAUCAUCUGCCUUGUUUGUUGGUCAUUUUGGUUAUUCCCAUUCUGUGCAUCAUCCGGCAGCCGCCUUCUUCCCGACAAGCCGCUUUCUGCUGGAAGCACCAUCACCUCCGACGACGGCACUUUCGCCCUGGGAUUCUUCUCCCCGUCCAGCUCCGGCACAAAACAUUACUACGUCGGAAUAUGGUACAAGAACAUACCCAAAGACAAUGUUGUGUGGGUUGCCAACCGUGCUAUGCCGAUCGCUGAUCCUUCUUCUGCAACACUGGCCUUCACAAACGGAUCCAAUCUGGCCCUGUCAGACACCAACGGCCAGCUUCUCUGGAUGACUAAUAUCAGCGCCGCAGGAAAUUCAUCGUCAGAGGCAACUGGUGGAGGAGCCACGCUUGAUAACAAUGGGAAUUUUAUCCUUCGGUCAUCACAGGGCAUCAUCUUAUGGCAAAGCUUCGAUUACCCGACCGACACUCUCCUUCCAGGUAUGAACCUCAGGAUCACCCACAAGACGCAUGCACUACAACGGCUCGUCUCUUGGAGAAACACCCAAGACCCAUCCCCGGGCAACUUCUCAUAUGGUGCACACCCUGAUGAGUUUCUGCGGCGUUUUUCAUGGAAUGGUUCGACACCAUACUGGCGAAGUCCAGCGUGGAAUAACUAUUUGUUAGUAGGGCGGUACGUCGAGAGUGUCAAGUCCACAAUUCACUUCACACUGAAUACUAUUGAUGAUGAGGUGUACAUUUCCUUUGGACUACCAGAACCAAGUGUCUCCUUAGUGCUACUGAAGAUGGACUACUCAGGCAAGAUGAAGUUACGAACCUGGAAUAGCAACAUGUCCAAAUGGACUGACCUGCGAUCAGAACCUAAACAGGAAUGCAACAAAUUUGGUUACUGUGGUCCAUUUGGUUACUGCGACAACACGCAGCCUAUUGUGACAUGCAAAUGUAUUGAUGGCUUUGAGCCAAACAACAAGCAAGACUGGACGGCACACAGGUUUUCGCAGGGAUGCCACCGGAUGGAAGCACUAAGAUGUGGUCAACAGGAUGGCUUCUUAAAUUUGCCAAGCAUGAAGGUUCCCCAUGAGUCCUUGCAUGUCAAGAAUAUAAGCUUAGAUGAAUGCAUAGCAGAAUGCACCAGCAACUGCUCCUGCACAGCGUAUGCUUUCGCCAAUACGAGCACCAAGGAUAUCAAUGGGGAUGAAACUAGGUGCCUAUUAUGGAACGGAGAUUUGAUUGACACAGAGAAGCUCAUUGGACAAGGGCAAAACCUCUAUAUCCGGGUUCAUGGAUUGAGUGGCAAACAAAGAAACAAGAAUAUUUGGAAGAAGCUGAUGUCAGGAACUUCGAGCACUUCAUUUGAACUUUGCGACGGAAACUUAAAGUAUCCUUCUAUUAGCUUCAAAGAAAUUGUACUUGCAACAAACAAUUUCUCUAACUCCAACAAGCUUGGACAUGGAGGUUUUGGCAGUGUUUACAAGGGAAUGUUAGAAGAUGGUACAGAAAUUGCUGUGAAAAGGCUUAGUAAGGGUUCUGGCCAGGGGGUACCGGAGUUCAGAAAUGAAGUAAUACUCAUUGCGAAGUUGCAGCAUAAAAACUUGGUUAGACUUCUCGGCUUCUGCAUCCAUGGAGAUGAGAAACUAUUAAUAUAUGAAUACUUACCUAACAGAAGUCUGGAUGCCAUGCUUUUCGAUGCCACAAGAAAAUCAAUGCUUAAUUGGCCAACAAGAUUCGAGAUAAUCAAAGGUGUAGCUAGAGGACUUCUUUAUCUUCAUCAAGAUUCAAGGUUGAAGAUAAUUCACAGGGAUCUCAAAGCAAGCAACAUAUUAUUAGAUGCCGAAAUAAGCCCUAAGAUAUCUGAUUUUGGUAUAGCAAGGAUAUUUGGUGGCGAUCAGCAGCAAGAAAAUACCAACCGCGUUGUUGGCACAUACGGUUACAUGUCACCUGAAUAUGCUUUGAACGGAGUGUUCUCUGUCAAGUCUGAUGUAUACAGCUUUGGAGUUUUACUACUAGAGAUUGUGAGUGGCUCAAAGACCAGCUCUGUGCACCUAAAAGCAGACUUCCCCAGCAUUAUAGCCUCUGCAUGGAGCUUAUGGAAGGAUGGGAACAUAAAGGAUUUUGUUGACUCAUCAAUUGUGGAGAGUUGUUCACCUGAUGAAACUAUACGGUGCAUCCAUAUUGGACUUUUGUGUGUUCAGGACAGCCCAAAUGUGCGGCCACUCGUGUCAUCAAUCAUGUCCUUUCUGGAGAAUGGAGAUAUAUCACUUCCACCUCCAAAAGAGUCUGUGUAUUUUUCUGAAAACAACAAUGGAAAUGAUGGAGCAGCAGAAAAUACUGUAAAUUCUGCAAAUAACAUGAGCAUUACAGUAGUAGAGGGACGCUAGUACUUAGCAGUCUAAUCUCUGUAUAUGCCGUGGG